CGCGAUACAAAUCGGGAACACAACACCUAGCCGAGUGGCUAGCCAGUUUUGUUGUGCAGAUUGAUAAUAAUUAUUGAUCACAAUGUCUGGCGGGGCGAACCCCACAUUUUUGGGGGUUAAUCCGUCCUGCACAGUAAUAUCCUCACACAAGAAAAAAGAAAGUAGUCCGUCUGCAUGUUUCUGGGAGAGUCCGGAGACUCUAGCGCAGCUGGAAGUGGUGCGCCAAUGGAUCGGAAAGCAUUACAAAAAGUAUGUGUUGGUGGAUGCUCCUUCAUGUCAGACUCUGUCUAUGGUGACCCUUCAGCUUCUGCAAUUUCAAGAGGAUGUUUUUGGCAAACAAGCCGCCAAUCCAGCCCUCACCAAACUCCCAGCCCAGUGCUUUAUGGACCUACGUCCAGGGGGAGGACUAUGCCACAUUCUUGGGAUAGCAUAUAAGUUCAAGAUGGAGCAAGGAUGGCGGAGGUUUGACUUACAAAAUCCGUCAAGAACUGAAAGAAAUAUUGAGAUGUUUCACAGUAUAGAGAGAGCACUGGUCCAGAACAACUGUCUGUCUUUUCCUGUUGUAUACAUGGACCCCACGGUAGAUCAGGAUCUGGCUGAAAGACUGACUGGCAUUGUCACAAAACACCAAGGUUCUCUUACCCACGACAGAAUACUUGCUAGCCAUCAUAUAUAUCCGUCACUUGCGUCCCCAGAAGAAGAUGAAUGGAUGCGCCCUGUAAUGCAGAGAGAUAAGCAAGUUUUAGUGCACUGGGGCAUGCACCCUGACAGCUAUGACAGCUGGUUGUCAUCUCUUGAAGUUGAAGGAGCAGUUGAAGAACCACCUCAUCUUGAGAGGCCCUGCAAGGUCCAUGCUACUUGGGUUCUGGACACAGACAGUUUCAACGAAUGGAUGAAUGAAGAAGAUUAUUGUGUUGAUGAAAGAAAUGUCCCAGUGAUCUUUCGGCAUCGACUUCCUCUUCGCAAUGAGGACUCACAAUCUACUCCUUCCAAAAAAAGAAGGCGGUCAACCUCUCCUCCAUCCUCUGAAGGACGAAAGAAAGGCAAGAAAGGACGAAAGCGUGGACAACAGGAAGAAGAGCUGGAGGAGGAUUUGACCAAAGACAUGGAGGAUCCAACCCCUGUUCCAAAUAUGGAAGAGGUCAUAUUACCCAAGAUUGUGAACUUGAAAAAGGACAGUGAAAACACUCCUGUUAAAGGAGGCAUCAUGGCUGAUCUUGAUGAUCAAGAGGAAGACUAUCCAGGAAGGGAGGACGAGGAGGGCAGGGUUGAAAUGUCUCGCUUUCUAGAGGGAGAGGAAAACAUUACAGAACAAACUCAUCAUGUUAUUAUACCAAGCUAUACAUCUUGGUUCAAUAAUAACAGCAUACAUUCUAUUGAGAAACGUUCACUACCAGAAUUUUUCAACGGCAAAAAUAAAUCUAAAUCACCGGAAAUCUACCUUGCUUAUCGCAACUUUAUGAUUGACACAUAUCGAUUGAACCCUCAAGAAUUUCUAAGCUCAACCUCCUGUAGGCGCAACCUCACCGGAGAUGUCUGUGCUGUCAUGAGGGUCCAUGCAUUUUUGGAGCAAUGGGGGUUGAUUAACUACCAGGUUGAUGCAGAAAGCAGACCCCUUCCCAUGGGACCCCCUCCUACUCCUCAUUUUAAUGUCCUGGCUGACACUCCCUCUGGGCUGGCCCCACUGCAACACAAACCCUUGCAGGUUUCAGCCUCGCAACACAUGCUGUAUUUCCCAGACAGGGGGAGAGAGAAGCCUUCAGAUUGCCAAAACUUUGGUUUGCGAACAGAUGUUUAUGCCAGGAAACAUCCUAAGACUAAAGGAGCAAGCGCUGGAAGGGAAUGGACUGAACAAGAGACACUUUUAUUACUGGAGGCUCUAGAAGUGUACAACGAUGACUGGAAUAAGGUUUCUGAGCAUGUUGGAUCUAGGACGCAGGACGACUGUAUUCUGCACUUUCUUCGUUUGCCCAUUGAAGACCCUUAUCUUGAAGACUCCUCGGCCUCUCUUGGUCCUCUUGCAUACCAGCCUGUUCCUUUCAGCCAAUCUGAGAACCCUGUAAUGAGCACUGUGGCCUUCCUAGCAUCAGUAGUGGACCCCCGAGUGGCAUCUGCAGCCGCCAAAGCAGCACUUGAGGAGUUUUCCAGAGCACACGAGGAAUCUAUUGACAAAAUCUCUGAAAUGGCCAUCCAAACUGAAAAAAAAGAGCCUAUAGAUGCAGAGAAAAUGGAAACAAAUCCCACAAACCAGAUUUCUUUACGGGUGGAUGGUGUCAACAUGGAACCUAGUGGAGCCCAAACUGUGGAAGAAAGAGUUAAAAGUGAAAAUGCUGAAAAUCUACUUGCAGAGGACAGAGAUGGAAGAAUAGAUGAUGAUGACAGUUUUGAGCAACGAGAGGGUGAGGGUGAGCUUAGCAGAGCAGUGAUGGAGCAGGAUCUGGUGGAGGUUGCUGUACCUACUGCAGCGGCUGCAGCUCUAUCCUCUGCUGCCACCAAGGCCAAGCACUUGGCAGCUGUAGAAGAGAGAAAAAUUAAGUCUCUCGUGGCUUUGCUGGUGGAGACCCAGAUGAAAAAGUUAGAAAUCAAGUUAAGACAUUUUGAGGAGCUGGAGACUAUCAUGGACCGAGAGAAAGAGGCGUUGGAGCAGCAACGGCAGCAGCUUCUGUCUGAGAGGCAAACUUUUCACACUGAACAAUUAAAGCAAGCAGAAAUAAAAGUUCGGCAGCAAAGGGAGCAGCAGGGGCAGCCUGGUUUCACAAUGCAGCUCUCAGGUACUAAUGUACCUUCUGUAGGCCAGUCUGUGCCAAACCGGAUAAUACCAGGAGGAGGAACAGCCCAGGGGAUGGCCUCUCGACACACUGGGGCUCCGAAUGGCAUGUAUCCAUCUACACAGACAGAUGGAAUAGCUCCUCCGGUAUCCACCCAGAACUAAAUGUAUCAACACAUCAGUUACAUUUCCUUAACAUGUCUGUAAUUACGAAAAUGCCUGUAUGUUACGAGUUUUACUUUGAAGCUGAAUAAUCAAAAUUAGCAAAAGUGGAAAAAGACUUCACAUAGAAUUUACAAGGAUCAUCAAAUGUAAAACAAGUUGUCAUAUACGUUUGGAUCAGUCACAGAUUUCAAGCUGUGUAAGCGUUGUGCUCAAUUGAGGAAUGUGAAAAAAAGUGCUCUCAACUGAUUAAAUUGUUUUUUAUAUU